AACAUUCUGACGUUAGAGAAUCGAUUGUCGUCUGCAAGCUGCAACCAUCUAAACACCAGUUAAUUGAAUUACUUCCAUCACCUUUCAUACCAAAAGAAGAAAAAACCUAUAAGGAUGUCUGGAAACUCAAAUAACUCUUCCGAUUCACGAAGAUCUGAUAGGAUCCAUCGGUAUAAGGCAUCGGCGUUUAAUCAGAAUCAGAACGGAGAAGACUUGACUCCCGAUUAUAUGAAUGUUUUGGGCAUGGUUUUUAGCAUGUGCGGGCUUAUGAUGAGGUUGAAAUGGUGUGCUUGGGCUGCCUUAUAUUGCUCAUGCAUCAGUUUUGCCAGUUCAAAAAUCAACGAUGAUACUAAGCAAAUCCUCAGCAGCUUCAUGCUUUCAAUUUCUGCUGUAGUCAUGUCUUACCUACAAAACCCAACCCCAAUGGUUUUACCAUGGUCAACUGUGUGAAAAUUUGCCAUUAUCAUCAAAUCUAUCAAAAACAAAUUAUAAUUGCAAUAGAUUGGCUCAGAAUAAACAGUGAAUUUCUUUCA